CCACUCUGAGGUUUAGUUCUUGUUGCCGCCCCGUGUGAAGCAGCUGUGGUGACAGCAGAGUUUCAGCAGCUGGUAGUCAAAACGUGCUGCUUGUUCAUCAUGAAGGUUGUGCUGCUGCUGAUGGUGCUGCUCACAGUGUCAGGAUGUGACGGCAUGAGAGUUGUUGGUCAGACGGGUCAGAAUGUGACUCUGCCCUGUAAAUAUGAUAUAAAAUACCAUGGAGCAGUAGAAGUUUGCUGGGGAAAAGGAGAAAUACCAGCUUGUAAACAACACUACAGCACACCAGCAUAUGGCUGCAACAAUCAGCUCCUCUCUACAAAAGGAUAUAAAGUUGAGACCAGAGCUUCCAGCAGGUAUCAGCUACUGGGACGACUGGAUCAAGGAGACGUUUCUCUGACCAUCCUCAACUUCACAGACGAAGAUGCUGGAAGAUACGGCUGCAGAGUGCAGAUAACAGGACCGUUCAAUGAUGAAAAACAUCAAUUUGACUUGGCAUUUGAAAGAGAUGAGAAAUUACUCAGAUUUUAAUUUAAAUGUUUAUUUUCUGAAGCCAAUUAUCAAAAACUGGACAAAACCAUCAAAUUACAAUUCAAAUGUUUAAAUGAUUUUGAUAAAAAUCUUCUAAUUAAUCAAUUGCUUUAUUUCAACAACACAGACCUUGUACAUUUUUAUCUAAACUCAAUUAUAUGUUAGUAUCACAAAGGGCUCAGUUUUACAAUAUU